AUGGCUCCGUCUCGUCAUCGCACCCGUACUCCCGAGACGCCGACCAACGAGCAGCUGGCUCAGAACCUACAGCAUUUGACACAAACAAUGCAGACGCUGAGUGAAGCCCUUCUGCACAACAACAACCCUGCUCCUCCGCCGCCGCCUGCCGGGAAUGGGGAUGUGAGAUGCUUAGUCUCGGGGCAUAGGCCGCCAAUUUUCGCCGGAGAGGAAGAUCCCGUGUUGCUCGAGGAAUGGAUCCGGUCCCUCGAUAAGUUCUUCGCUGUUGUGGGUUGUCCUGAGGAUCGUCGUGUGGAGUUGGCUUCUUUCUACUACAGACACGAGGCCGAUCUCUGGUGGGUGCACGUGGGUCUCGCGUGCCAAGAAGAGCCUGGUUUUGACUGGUCAGCCCUGAAGGACAAGAUGAGGGAGAGGUUCUACCCAUCUCAUGUCCGAGCAACCAUGUACGAGGAGUUCUUACAUCUUCAGCAGGGGUCGUCAUCCGUGGUUGAAUACCACAAGCGCUUCCUUGAGCUAGGCCGUUUUGCUCGGAUGUUGGUUCCCACCGAGCUGGCAAAGGUGGAGAAGUUUGUAGCGGGGCUCAACUACGAAGCCCGGAAGGCAUUAACUGUGAGCAAGCUUAGGACGCUUAAUGAAGCCUAUCUGAGUGCAGCAGAUCUGUAUCGAGUGCAACAGCUUGAGCGAGGGUCUUUUGAGUUCGCCAAGAAGAGAAAUGAAGGAAGUGGGUCCCACAGUUUCAAGAAGCCGAGAUAA